AUUUGUUUAUCCGCCAUUUUCUGGUGUUUAGCAUCUCAUAAAAAGAUGAGUUCUCCCUGCUGUUAGGUGCUUGGAAACGCUUGUAGAAAAGCUAUUAUGUAAUAGAUAGCAAAAAUAAUUAUAUUAAAAAUCAAAGUUGGUAUUUUUUAGAAAUGUCGCAUAUCUUUAAGGACAAAAUUCAGGAGAAAUGUUCAAGUUAUGAGGAGGAAGUGUUCUGCCCAAUAUGCAACACUUCCUGUUUAAUUGGAAAUGCUAAAUGUUUACCCUGCGAUAAAUCUCAUUCGUUUUGCAUUAAAUGUUUGCUAUCUUUUAAAAAGGUUCAUAAUCUAAAAACAGGCGACAAAUUCUCAUGUCCUAUAUGUAGAAGAACUUAUUUUUGGCCUAAGCAUGGUGUGAUGUCAUUUCAAAACUGUCAACAAAAAGAAACCGAAAGUAUGGAAAAUUAUGUAAAAUAUAAUGGAAAUAAUAAUCUCUUAAAGAGGGAAGAUACAAAUGAAAUGUUAACAAAAGAACAAGCGACUGAGAAAGAAUAUGAUAAAACCAUAGAAGAGACUGAGAGAAGCCUUGCAAUAUCGCAAAGCAGAAAUUUCGAUUCCCUACAGCAAGAAUUCAAUGAAUUCUUUACAGAAUUAGAUAAGAAAUUACAUGUCAUUUUAGACAACGCUAUAGAGUUGUUAAUAAUGGAUGAGACAAUUGAUCGUCGUAAUCUUGGGGGUGAAACUUUGGACGAAAAACAAACAGGGGAAACAGAAGAGGAAUUUAAUUCGGAAAAUGCAACUUUCAACUGCGAUUACGGUCAUUCGUAUUCUCCAUUUACAGAAUUACCAUUUAGAAGAUUACAUUUUAAAUUCGAUGGGGAAAUUAAAGCAGUUUCAUCGUCUAAGAGAGCCAUCUAUGUUCUUAGUAUUGCAAAAGAAAAAGAAGAGGACGAUAAUUUCAUUCAUGAAAUUGGUAUUGGUAAAACAUCCAAAUCUCUACUGCAUUCUUUAACAUGUCCAAACGAUUCAGUUGUUGAUAUUAACGCUAAAUCAAAAACCAUUAUGGAAAUUUACCUAUUGGAAACGGAUAGUAAAGAUUCUAGCGUUUUAUCAUCUCUUACGCUAACUGGUUACAAGUAUAAAUUGGAAACUGUCCUAGAUAGGUCUGAGAAUGGAUGGAGUAGCGUACUCUGUCUAGAUGACUGCAUAAUUCUAUUUAACGAUAAGAAAAUUGCCAAAUAUAUUGAUAAUCGACACGAAAAAUGGUCGAUCUCACCUCCCGAGGCAUUAAUUAUAGAUGAUAUAAAUUUCAUUGAAGAAACGGUCUACUUUCUCCUAACUAACAACAAGAUAUUAUCAUUAAAUUUAAAAAAUCAAUCAUUCGAAUAUCCUAAAAUGAGAUUAAAGAAUGAAAAUUUUACAAUUGAUGAAAAUUUAAUAAAUCAAUUGAAGAAUGGACAUUGUUUACUAACAAAUCGUCAUCAUUCCUACAUUAUUGACGGAUGCGAAAAUGAAGUUUCAACGUAUCCACUAUCACACGACUCAAUGAGAUAUAGAAUUGUUCAUUAUCGUUUUACAACUACAGAAUUUAUAGUCUGUUUGGUAGAUGAUAAAAACUCUUUAACAAUUCAACAUUUUAAGUUGUAAAACUGACAAACUUUUACUAUUAAAAUAUGUUUAACUUAUUGUUGUAAAAACUGUAUUUAUAAUAGAUAUAUUAAAUAAAAAAUUUGUUGUACGGAUAUAAAAA